AUGAAAUACUACAAUUUGUUAGCGUUAGGUGCUUUACCAAGCCUAAUAACAGCUGCUGCUUUACCAGAUCCUCAAAUAACGAAGGCUCCGUUAGCUAAAAGAGCACAGCUAGUUUUAACAGAUUCAAUAUGGACAUCUACUUCUUCAGGUAUAAUAAUGGCUAUCACACCAACUGUCAUUGAUGCUGUCACUAUUUCAGCUUCACCAGUCACUGAUAAACCAACUCCAUGGGCUUCUUUAGAUGGAAGUGGUAUACCUUCAUUGGUCACUCCAACAGUUUCAGAUGGUAAAACUAUCUCUGCAUCACCUACUCCAAGUAAUACAGACUAUCCAAGUCCAGCUGCUGUUCCUCCAGUAUUGAGAUGUUUUGGUGAUAGAGUUCCAGAAGAUGGUAAUGAUAAAUAUGGUUAUCCAUUUUGUACUGCUUUAAACGGGACAGAAAUGAUUGUUGGUGAAACAUAUUGGAUUACAUGGGAUCCAACUUAUUGGGGAGGUGAUGAUAUCACAAGAGUUAAAUUAGAAUUAAAAGCAUAUCCUCAAACAGGUGCUGGUGAUACUUUAUUUGAAACUCCAUAUUUAUCAAACUCUGAUGCUUAUUAUCCAUUAACAAUCACAUCUUCAAUGAUCAAGAAUGAAGGAUAUUUCUGGCUAAUCAUUUCACCUUUAACUACUUCAACUACAAAAGCUACAAAUGUUGGUGAAAAAUCUGGUCCAUUAUUAAGAGCUAUCAAUUCAAAAUCUGAUGCUAUCACUACAAUCAAUAGAGUUCCAUCAGAUAAUGGACAUACUUCAACAAAAUCUUCAGGGUCAGGCUCAAAUGCUAAAACUAUUGCUCCAGCAGUUGUUAUCCCAGUUAUUGCAGUCAUUGGUAUUGCAAUCUUUGUUGUUUGGUUCUUGAAUAAACAAAAGAAAUCAGUUUCUCAGGUUUUAGGUUUUUCAAAAGCUUCAAGAUCAAAUAAUAGCGCUACAGGUGAUAGAAGUGGUGACAUCCAAUUAUCACCAUCAACGACUAAUGGUGAUACACAUACCAUAGCUUCAGCGGCUACUGAUGAUACUUCAAAGAACCCAUUUGCUGAAAAUAGCAGAACUGUUUUAUGA